UGAUCUGUCUUCCGAGAAUGAUGGAAUCAGUGGGUUUCUCGAAUUCCUCGAGUACUUUAAUGCCGAGUAAUUCGACUUCGACACCGGAACCGGGUACAUAUUGUACAUUAUUUGAUGGGAACGAAGGCAAAUGUGAUGCUGUGAUAGCAGUGAAGAGGUUCACAGCCUCUUUGUCUUUGAUUGGCUGCGUGUUUAUGAUAGCAGUGAUAUGGUUAUUCAAAAAGUACCAAUUUUUUGCACAGAGAUUGAUAUUAUAUCUGAGUAUAGCUGCAUUAUGUGAUAGCAUUGCAUACUUAAUGGGUGAUUUGCAUCCUGAGGGACCAUUGUGUGACUUUCAAGCAUGGUGGUUGACAUUCUUUGAUUGGUGCGUUUUACUCUGGGUUUCCUGUAUAACAUUUAAUUUAUUUUGUAAUGCCGUCAGACAGAUCAAAACAGAUCGAUAUGAGCUAAUAUACCAUGUAAUUUGCUGGGGGCUUUCACUGCUGAUUUCUCUGCUGCCAUUUAUAGGAGACCACUAUGGUCCAGCUGGUGCUUGGUGCUGGAUUAAUGGUGAAAAUGAUACAACAUGGCGUUUUGUCAUCUGGUAUGGUCCACUGUUUGUAAUUAUCUUUCUGAUGUUCUGCAUUUACUUGUACAUUAUAAUUCAUGUCAACAGGAAGGUAAAAGCCUGGGAAGGGACCUACGACCCAGAAACGGAGCGCAGCAAGCAGCUGCUGAAAGAAGAAAUAAAGCCACUAUUAGUUUAUCCAUUUAUUUAUUUAAUUAUAUCAAUCUUCCCAUUAAUUAACAGGAUCCAGAAUGCUAUAAGUCACGACCCUAUCUUUGCUUUCGUCUUACUGCAUGCCUUAACGUCUCCUCUACAAGGUGCAAUUAAUGCUAUUGUGUAUGGUCUCGAUAAAGAGACCCGGAGCCGACUUACAUGGACCCAGAUCAAGGUAGCCAUGCAGACAAAAUCUUCUGACAGAGCUCUAAUUCGAGAAUACCCGCUCGGUGGUGAGAUAGAAACUCCUGAUAUUCUAGACACGUCUGCAUACCCCCUUAGUAAUGUCAGCGACACGCUUGUUAUUCGUAACAGUGUGUCGAAUAGUAACCGGUAUUCCUAAAUUCAACUUGGGAGCUUUGGACCCGGUAAAGGUGCUAGCCAUGCUGAGUAUGAGGAGUCGCUUCUCGCAAUCUGCACUUAUCCAGGAAUACCAUGUGGAGGAUUUAACUGCUGCGGCAACCGAUAUAACAAGCGACAAUCACGACGAUCAUUUAACAGAUACAAACAAGCUCGACGACACAGCAAAUACCGAUGAGGUAGAUCUGUCUCAAGUACUUAACAAUUAGUACACAACUGUGCAGCAUGGAAGAAAAUGCGUAUAUUGCACUCUGUAAAAUCAAUAUUAUUACACCCGCCAGUAUAAUUAUUAUAACCAAAUUACUGUUCAAUGUAGACCUUGUGUUUUCUAUUUAUUCCUCUUUUGAACAGAACUUAAAUGUAGCAUUUGUUACAAAAAAUGGAACCAAGAUGGCACAACAAUGCAAAAAUUUAUUUAUAUCGUACCAUUUGCCUUUCGAUAAUGUUGAGUGUUUUAAUGUGAGAUUUGUUGUCUGAGGAGAGAGUUAAAUGUAAGGUACGCUAUUAGUGGUUAGGUUAUGAUCAUGUUUUCCUCUGCAUGUAUUAUUUGGCUACAGGGUUACUAUUAUUUGUCGAGAUAGUGAUGUCACCGUACCGUAGUGGUAAAUGCAUGUGUGUAGCAGUGUAAUAAGGAGGUAUCAAUAAUUAUGAAAAUAUAUUCCUUCCAUAGAAUAGUUUCUUCAGUAUACACUGUAAAACCAGUGUAAACCAAACACCCACAAAAUUGGUCAGUUUACAGACUUUUUUGCUGCAGUGAAACCUAGCUAAUCUGAAUGCAGGAGCUAGGAAGUUCAUGCAAAGUUUUUCAUAUAAUCAGCCAAACAGGUUUUACUGUAUCCACAAAAUAUUGUACCGGUAUAUAUUCUUAUGUAUUUUGCAUGUCAUAAUUUAUUCUUUUAUUCAUUUCGAGUGUAUGUAUGUUAAUUACAGUCCAUUAAGAAGGGCAUUUGGGGUCCAUAAUUAGUUGUCUAUAAAUGUGUGAAGUGUAAAUAUCCUUAUUUAGUGUCGUUAUAUAGGAGAAUUAUGUAUAUACUAAUUUAAGAGUGCAUGUACUAUAAUAUAGUGGGUUGUGGUUUGUUUGAUGGAGGAAAUCAAAUUGUGGCAUGUUAGGCUGAGAACUUACGAGUUGUUCAUUAUCAACAAUGUUCACAUGUACUUGUUGUACUAUUCAAAAUAUAAAUAUAUGAAAAC